UAAUGGAAGCUUAAAAACAAGCUAAACACAAACAAAAAUAAACAAUAGAAUACAAAAAUUUCUUAUUUUUAAAAAUUUUUAAAAAAGUUUUGCAUCAUUUUAAGUAGUUUUUUACAACGUACAAAAAUAAACAAAUUAAAAACAAAAUGAAAUGCGUUGUUCCAAUUUGUUCCCACAUAUCUGGGACACAAAAAUAUACUUGUAAAUUUUUUCAAUUUCCCAAGGAUGAAAAAAAAUCGAAAAGUUGGAAAAAGAAAACAAGGAUGCCAAAAGAUGUUAAAGAUCCCCGAGUUUGCUCUUGUCAUUUCCCAGAUGGAGAUUCAAAAAAUGAUCCAAUAAUAUAUAAUCCUGACAAAGCGUUUGCUUUAAUCCCAAAUUCAGAAGGAGAAAAUGCAAGACAUUUGCGUAAAAAAAGAGCGGAAAAGAGAAAAUUAGAAGAAACAGAAAAAUCGGUUGAAAAAGAACCGCCAAAAAGUGAAAGUAAUAUAAAAGAAGAAAUUGGAAUAUCCGAUAAAAAGAAAACUCAUGGGAAAGAUUCAAAAAGUGAUAAGGAGAAUUCUGUUGCAAAUUCCCAAAAAAUAAAAGAGGAGGGAAAUGCUGAUAAAACUCAACCAUCAACAUCUGCAAAUUCAAAAAAUAUAGGGAAAAACUUUCUAGAUGUAUCAAAUGAAAUUCUAAAGUUAAAAGGACCACCAAAAGUUUCAAAGGUUUCAUUCGACUCUCGAGCAUCGCGUAAAAGCCUUAAUUAUGCCGCUGUGAAUGUUUUAAGAAAGUGGUUGUAUGAACAUCGCUACUAUGCUUAUCCAACCGAAAACGAAAAGACAGAAUUAUGUGAAAGAACUGGAUUAACUUUAACCCAGGUAUUGAACUGGUUUAUAAAUGCAAGACGGCGGUUAUUGCCCGAGUAUUUAAAACAAGAAGGAAUUGUUCUUGGGAAAGACAAGGCUGCUCAUAUAAUAAAAAGAAAGAAAACUUUAUCAGUCGUUAAUGAAAAUGGAGAAGAUCAAGCAGAAGCACCACCAAUGAAAAUGAAGAGCCCACCUGUAACAGCAGAUAAAUUUCUCGAGACUUCUACAAUCAAAACUAAUCCGGAAAUAUUAAAAUCAACGACAAAAUUAACAACAUUACCGAUUAAAUUUGGUAAAAUUAUUUCAUCAACAAAUUUGAAUAAAGCAAAUAUGACAAAUACCACCAAAUCACGUCAAGUAAUUGGACACAAAAUUGUUCAACUACCUGGGGGAAAAGUGAUAAAACUUGAAAUUUUUAAUAGACCUGAGACUGAUGGAAAAUCAAUUCCUAAAAAGCCUAAUUUGAUAUUACCAUUAAAUAUCGAUACCAAUACAACUUCAGCUUCUUUUAAUUUAUAUAAGAAUUCUAUAACACCUACAGCUGAACCACCACUAGAAAUAUUUGCCAAUGAAGGACCCGAUGAAAUUUCUCUGGAAAAUGAUUCAUUAGUUACUAAAUCAAUUGAGACAACAACAAAACAAGAACCAAAUACAACAAAUGAAAGCGGAGAAAAUGUGAAAAAUUUUAUAAUUAUUAAUAAAAAUAAUUGUAAUGGACAAAAUACAUUAACUCCUACAAUAAUACCACAAAAACGUAAAAUUGUCAUCCCUACAACUGGAUUAAAUAAAGGAACUAUAAAACAAAUUAUUAAAAUACCAAAUUUACAGAAAGUAGAUUUGAAAUCUACAUUGCCAACUCAAUUAGUUAAAGUACCAAAAAAAAUUAUUACUGUUUCUGAAACAAGUCCUGCUAAAAUAAUCAAAACAGAAAAUAAGAAAAACUAUAUUUUUAUAAAUAAUGAUAAUAAAUCAACAACUUUAAUAUCUAGAAAAAUUGAAGGAAAUGAUCAACAAAAAAUAACGCAAAUACUUGUUGAUUCAAUUCCAAAAGUUAAGGCAAAUUCAAUUAAACCUACAUUAAAUAUUUUGCAAGGUAUAUUUCGGUAUGAAAAGCAAUUAAAAUGCCUUUAUAUGUUAGUAGAUGACGAUAUUAAAGAAAGUGAUAUCAAAAUAGAAGAAAUAUCAUAAAAAAAAUAUUCAUUCGAUAAAAAAUUAUUAUUGAUUGUAUGUACAUAAAAUGAGGACAAAACAAAAUUUUCUUUAGGAAUUAUGUGUAUUUUGAAUAUGAUGUUUUAUACAUACACAUUUUUCUUUUUUUAGUUUUCUUAUUUUUUUUUUUGAUAUAGUGAAAUAUUUCAAAUUUCUAUAUUAUUUCAAAUUCUAUAGAUUUUCACUAAUAUUUAUUAUUUCGAAUUGAUUGGAUUUUGAAAAUUUUUUUUAUGUAAUAUACAUAUUAUGUUUGGUUGACCUAACAUUCCCGAAAUGAUGUUAAUUUUAUCUUCAGGUGCAAUCUCAUGUUAAAGAUUAUGGUUUCGAAUAUAUAUCUAUUAAAAUAAGGAGUACCUGGGUAUUUAUUUUAUGCUUUUUAAAAAAUUAAAAAUUUAUUACCUUAAAAUAUAGAUGAUUAUAUUAAAUAUAUUGAUUUUGGAAAUAAAUUUUAUGAGACUGCAAUAGAAUAAACUAAUUUAAUUCGUAAAGCACAUAGAUAAACACAAGAUCACUUAAGUUUAUUUUGUUAAACUUAAAAUUAUUUUACUUAUUUUUCAUAUUUUUUUGAAUAUAAUGAUAAUGAGAAUUGUUAAUAAUUUACGAAGAUAAAAUUAUAUUCUUUAAACUUAACUAUUUUAAAUAAUAUUGAAUCUGAAGGUGAAAUUAAAUCGAUUAAUUCCAAAAAUGUUCGGUCAUUAUGUAGUGUAAAAUACAAAUAUUUUUCAUUAGUUUAAAUACACCCAAUUGAAAUACAAGUAGAAAGCAUAAAGAACAUAAUUUUUGUAAAAUGUUUAAAUAAAAAAAAAAAAAAAAACAAAAAUAUCAACAUAUCUAUUUGUUUUCAAACAGAAACACAAAUUCAUCAUAUAGUAGAAAAUAAUAUUAUAUAAUUAAAUAUAAAUGAAAUUACUUGAAUUAUGUUUUAAAUUGUAGAAAUAAUUUCAUAAUUUAAAAAAAGAGAAAAAAAUUCAUUUAUUUUUUUUUAGCCAUUCAUAAGUACAAAAUUGAAACAAAAUUUCUAACUUGUUAUAUUUUUGUGAUAAUCAAAAAUGAUUUAAAACAAAAAAAAAUUAAAGUUACAUAAUUGAAUUGUUUUUAUGUUGUGCAGUUUCUUAGCUAUAAAUUGCAAUUGUUAUUUCAUAUAAUAAACUGUUUUUUUUUUUUUAAUUUUUAAUUUGUUUUACCAAAUUUUUUUAUUCAAAAUAUUCGGUAUGGUAUGUCCAUUUCAUUCAAAGAAUAAAAUAAACCAAAUUCAUUAAAAUUAUUGCGGAUCCUAUCCAAAAGCAACGUCGAUUUACACAUAUAUAUGUAUAUAUACAUAUGCACAUGUAUCUAAUUUUUUUUUUCUAUUUUGUGCAAUUAUCUUAGGUUGAUGUUUACUUUUUAUAAUAAUAAAAAUAGAUAUUUUAUCUAAAUAAAAAAAAAAAAUGAUUGUUAA